AUGGAAACCGAACCUGUACACUUCGAGGGGCUGUUGCGGGAGGUGCCGGCGCUGCUCGAUGCGCUCCCGGCGGCCUCGAAGCGGGCCGUCGCGGCGACGUCGUGGGCCGCGCUGAUCACCGUGCUCGAGCUCACGCGCGCGGAGAUCGGCCUGCAACCAUCACCCGACUCGAGUGCGGUGCUGCGGGGCAUCGCGGCGCGCAUGCCGGCGGGAACGCAGCCGGCGGCGGGGAGCAUACGCUUUGCGGAGCUCUUCGGGGCGGUGAUCCCGGCCGACGACGCCGGGACGUUCCUGACGUGCACAAAACCGCCGCCAGGCCCUUUCCAGACGCUGUGCCAGCAGCUGGCGGCGCUCGAUCGCAUGGUCGCUGCGUCCGCGGAGGCUGGACGUCCGCUGCGCCUGCGUGGCAUCAAGUCGCCGGAAGGCGCUCCCGAGCCCGAGAAGCCAAAAGAAGACAAACGUCGAUUACAGCCUAUGUUUUGGCGCAAAAAACGGCCCCCGAAACCCGCCCCGAAAGGCAACGGCGUGCUCCUGCGGCUGCUGCGCCGCCCGUCGGUACAGCAGCACCUGCUGGCGCUCGACUUGCGGACUUGCGGCACGCACCGCGACCUGGACGGUGCUGUCCUGGACACGGUGACUGAGGAGCUGCGGGGGAACGGGACGCUGCAGGAGCUGGGGUUGGGCAGGGCGUGCAGCGACGCCGCCGCUGCGAACGUCGCGCGGGCGGUGCGGCAGGGGCUGCCCUUGCGGCGCCUGCGGCUCGAGAGCGAGCGCAUUGCGGCGGGGGGCGUCGAGCUGGUGGGCGCGCUGUCUGCGGCCCCGAGCGUGACCGAGCUAGCCCUGCCCGCGUGCGCGCAACUGCCGAACGCCGCUGUGCUGGAGCUGGCGAGCGCGAUCGAGAGCGGCGCGCUGGGGCGCACGCUGGAGACGCUCAACCUGGCCCCAGUUGGGAGCGGGGCGACGUCGUCGUACAUCGAGUCGGAGAGCCACGCGGCGCUGGGGCGGGCGCUCCGGGGCAACGGCGUGCUCCGCGGACUAGACUUGAGGCACACCAGUGUCGCCGACGCGGGCGCGGCCGCGCUCGGGGCGGCCCUGCGGACGAACUGCGCGCUGGAGGAGCUGCGCCUGGACGGGUGCAGCAUCAACGACCCGGGGGCGCGGGGGCUGGCGGCGGGACUGUGGGCCAACACCAGGCUGCGCGUGCUGACGCUGACCGGGAACGGGAUCACCUGCCCGGGCGCGUUGCAUAUCGCACAAGCCCUGGGGAGAGACUCCGCGCUGACGGAGCUGCGGGUGGGCGGCCAAGCCGAGGCGUUCGACGAGCUGAUACCGAUCGACGACGACUUCGCCGCCGAGGUCGCGGCGGCGCUCCGGCGCGGCAGUCCGCUGACGGAGCUCGAUGUGUCGUACGGGCUCGACAUCACGUCCAAGGGGUUGUGCGGGAUUUUGGACGCAAUGGUGGAGCGCGGCGAACGCGGCAAGGUGCAGCAGGUGUGGGCCAAUGGUACACGGGCGUGGAGGCAUGAGGUUGCGCCGAAGUUGCGCGGGGUGGACAUGAGGGGGCGGGGGAGGAUCAUUGUGCACAUGCGCGAGUACAGGAGCCCCGACACGAUCGACACGGACGAGAUGGAGGGCGCGCCUGCGGGGGUCGAGGGCACGUAG